CCUGGUGCCAGGCUGUGUGCCCCUGUGCUGGUGCCAGGCUAUGGACAUGUAGCAGAGGGUGGGGGGGCAGCCAGUCAGUCAGUGUCUGUGCUCUCUGUGCUGUCAGAAUGGGGGUCGCCCCCUGCUGGAGGUGGCUACUUGCCCUGGGUCUCAGGCUGCUGUUUCUUGUGCCCGCAGGAGUGCCAGUCCGCAGCGGGGAUGCUGGAUUUUCCAAAGCCAUGGACAACGUGACGGUGCGGCAAGGAGAGAGCGCCAUCCUCAGGUGCGCAGUGGACAAUCGAGUGACCCGGGUGGCCUGGCUGAACCGUAGCAUCAUCUUGUAUACCAGCAAUGACAAGUGGUCCAUAGAUCCCCGCGUGGUUCUGUUAACCAACACCAAGACCCAGUACAGCAUCGAGAUCCAGAGUGUGAACAUCUAUGAUGAAGGAGCGUAUACCUGCUCCGUUCAGACCGACAAUCACCCCAAAACCUCCCACGUAAACCUCAUCGUACAAGUUCCUCCAAAAAUCCGGAAUAUCUCUUCAGACCUGACAGUGAAUGAGGGCAGCACGGUGACUCUGCGAUGUUUGGCCAGUGGCAGACCUGACCCGACUGUGACGUGGAAACACUAUAAUGAGAAAUCUCGAGGAUUUGUAGGUGAUGACGAGUAUUUGGAGAUCACAGGAAUCACCAGGGAUCAGUCAGGACUCUAUGAAUGCAGCGCUGCCAAUGAGGUGUCCACGCCAGACGUCCGCAGGCUCAGAAUCACAGUCAACUACCCCCCAUUCAUCUCCGAUGCCAGGAACACGGGAGCGUCUGUGGGACAGAAAGGCAUCCUGCGCUGCUCCGCCCUGGCCGUCCCGCUGGCUGAAUUUCAGUGGUAUAAGGAAGACGCUCGGUUAUCUAAUGGCCUGGGUGGAGUCCGGAUCGAGAACAAGGAUCACAUGUCCUUCCUGACCUUCUUCAACGUUUCUGAAAAGGAUUACGGGAAUUAUACUUGCGUGGCAUCAAAUAAGCUGGGCAACAGCAACGCCAGUGUCAUCUUAUACGGACCGGGAGCCGCGCACAACACAAGCAGCUCCACCUCGGCUGCCUUGGCCAUCAUCUGCCUCUUGUUCUCCAUCCUCUACACCCUCAGUAAGUUUUGAUGAAGAAGGUGACUGUGGAGAUGGGGGGGGAGCUCUGAGAUACCUGGAAGAUGAGUGGAGCGCCCCUCUCCCCCUUCCCAGGAAAAGACUUC